AUGAUAGUAUUAUCAUUAUGUGAACAAGAAAAAAUGUUCACAAUAUCAGAAUCAGCAUUACCGGGAACAUUUAUAGGUACGAUAUCAUCAACACUUCUUAGUGGAAGGACACCAAAUUUUUAUAUUGUAUGGCCGGAUUUAUCUUUAUCAGGGGAAAAUACAAUUUUGAUUAAUGAUAUUACUGGAGAAAUAACAGUUCUUGGGGAACUUGAUUAUGAAAAAAAGAAUAAAUAUACAUUUUUAGCUAUACCAACUGAUGGUAGUAUAACAACAAGAGUUAUUAUACAAUUGUUAAAUGUUAAUGAUAAUUCUCCAAUAUUUCCUGUUGAUCAUAUUACUUUAGAAAUAUCUGAGUAUGCAAGAUUAAAUAGUCAAUUAGCCUUACCAUUAGCCACAGAUGCUGAUGAGGGAAUAUAUGGUGUACAAAAAUAUAAUAUUAUUGGUGGAAAUGUUAAUAAUGUAUUUAAAUUAUCACAAAGAAAUUUACAAAAUGUCAUUUAUGUUGAUUUAACUGUUAAUGGGCAAUUAGAUAGAGAGUAUAGAAAUAGAUAUGAAUUAACUAUUGAAGCUGAGGAUGGUGGUGAUCCACCUAAAAAAGGAAAAUUAGAUGUUACAAUAAUUAUCCUUGAUGCUAAUGAUAAUGCACCAAUUUUUGGGAAAACAAAAUAUACAGGAACAAUAUCUAGUAAUGCUAGUGUUGAUGAUGUAAUUUUAAUUGUAAAUGCAAAUGACAUUGAUGAAGGUGAAAAUGGUAGAAUAAGUUAUAAAAUUAUUGAAAAUCAUGAUAGAAGUAAUAAAAUAUUUAAGAUUGAUGAAGAUAAAGGUAUUAUAUCAGUGGCACAGACGACAACAUUUAUUCCUGGUACAUCUUAUGAAUUUCAUGUUAUGGCUCAGGAUCAUGGUUUACCACAAAAAUUAGAAAAUACAGUUCCUGUUAAAAUAGAAGUUAAUCAUGAUAAUAAGGCAUUCGAAACAACAUUAGAUAUUGUAUGGUUAACUGAAUCAGGUUUACCAAAAAUAGCUGAACAUACAACAAUUGGAUAUAUUUUUGGUAGAAUAUCCGUCAAAGAUAUGUCAUCAUCACAUACCCUUUCAUUAUCUGGUUCUGAAAGUAUAUGUUUAAGACAAUCCGACAAACCAUCAGUCUUCCUUUUAGUUGUCUGUGGUAUUCUUGAUAGAGAAAUUAAAAAUUCUUUUCUUCUAAAAUUUAUUUAUAAAAAUGUAAAGACAGGAGAAAUAAUAUUUGAUCAUCCUAUUCAUUUUACAAUUCUUGAUGAAAAUGAUAAUCCACCAGUAUUUGGACAAAAAAAUUAUAUAAUAAAAUUAAAUGAGGAGACAGAUGAGAUACCACCAAUUUUGGCUAAAGAUAUUGAUGAAGGAGAAAAUGGAAAAAUAUAUUACUCACUUAUUGGUAGUGAUUAUUUUAAAAUUAAUCCAGAAUCAGGAUUAAUACAAAAAAUAAAAGAUUUUGAUUGUAGUGUUGGAAAUGAAAUUAAUUUUAAAAUAAAAGCUACUGAUAAUGGAAAAACAAAGUUGUCUUCUGUUGCUAAUGUUAUUAUUGAUAUAAGUUCAUUAAAUACCAAAUCACCAUCAUUUGAAAGAAGUUUAUAUGAAGUUUUUAUUAAAGAAAAUCUUAAAGAAGGAUCUUGUUUCAUAAAGACCCAUAACAUAGGUAUCUUUGAUGACCCGAAUACUUAUUCUUUUAUAUCUUUUACAAUGAAAAUACAUUAUAGUGUAUCAUAA